CCACCGCACAAUUUGGCAGCGAUUCGUCUUUUUGCUAUCCCAAAACCAGUGUUGUCCUGCAUUACUCGGUAAGAACCACUGCAAAAUGUCUAAGUUAGGGUGUGCAUAAAAAUGUAGCGUGAUCAAAAGCGCCAAAACACUUGCAGAUAAUGUUUUAGUUGUAUAACCUCUAAUUGUCACAGAGCAAAAUGGCUAGCAGUAGAGCACCUUACGAAGAAGUAAAGAAACUGGGAGCAGGAUCGUACGAUGAAGUCUACUUGAUCAAGUACAACAGGAAAGAGUAUGCCGCCAAGGUCCUUCACCGACUUCGGCUUGACCCAGACGACCCGGGAACGGCGACCUACACCGACAGGUUCAAGGCAGAGUGCGAGCGCCUAAAAUCCCUAAGUCACGAUUGCGUCGUAAAGUACAUCCAAACAAUCAUCCGCUCCGACACGAAUUUGCCCGUUCUUAUCAUGGAACUGUGCGGUGAAAGCCUCACAAAGUUCCUCGAGCAUUCCCCCACGAAGCCACUUCCUUAUCACGUAGAGCUCAACAUCAGUAUCGACGUGGCCCGUGCUCUCGAGUAUUUGCACGAGAAUUCCAUCAUCCACCGAGACCUCUCGUCAAACAACGUUUUGAUGGUGGCUGGAAAUAGGGUAAAGGUUUCCGACUUCGGGAUGUCCAAGCUAGAUUCAGUCGACCCCAACCGUUCCCUCACCAUAUGCCCAGGAAACCUCAAUUACAUGUCCCCACAGACAUUCAGUAACCCUCCCAAAUACACGGCAAAGCUGGACAUCUUUUCCUUUGGUGUUCUCUCGGUACAAAUUGUGACGAGGCAGGAACCAAACCCCACGGAUCGACACCAACCAAUCCCUCACCAGAGCCCCGGUGUCUGCAGAGAAGUUCCUGAAGUGAAGCGACGUGCAGCGCAUUUAGAGAUGAUUGCUGAUGAGCACCCUCUGAAACCAGUUAGCCUCAAGUGCCUCACCGAUGAGGAGGAAGGUCGACCGACGGCAGCAAGUUUGGUGCAGACGCUGAAAAGUCUUCGUGGGGAGGAAAAGUACACACAGAGCUACGAGAAGGAGCUGCAUCGUAGUCACGCACAAAAGGAGCGAGAGAGGGAGAAAAGGAUGGAGAAGAGUCAUCGCUCGAGACAUCGCUCCAGGAGUCACCCGAGAGUGCAGUUGUUGCCCAACGAGAUAAAACUGAAGCUGCUAAUGGUGGGCCAGUCAGGAGUGGGGAAGACAUGUGCUCUGAGAGUCUACAACGGAGAAAAAUUUGCCUGUCAGGAGUGCACAGUUGGUGUGGAUUUCUGUACAAAGACUGUCCAACACAACAAUCACUCUAUUACAUUGGACAUAUGGGAUAGUGCUGGACAGGAGAAGUACAAUGCAUUGACAAAGGCAUACUUUCAUGGAGCUCAGGGUGUCCUGGUGAUGUAUGAUGUAACUCAUCAUGAGUCUUACAAAGUAGCUUCUGACUGGAUCAAGGCAACAAACAUGAAUUUAGGAGAUGCAGAGAUGCUGUUGGUAGGAAACAAGACUGAUCUCCAGGACAGGAGACAAGUCAGGGACAUGGACGGCAGGAACCUGGCCCAGGAACACAAUAUUUCUUUCAUUGAAGCCAGUGCUCUUAGAAAUGAAAAUAUUGAAGAGGCUUUUUCUAUGCUUGUCGGCAACAUCAUGACAAAACAGAGCUACGAGAAGGAACUGCAUCGUAGUCACGCACACAAGGAGCGGGAGAGGGAGAAAAGGAUGGAGAAGAGGCAUCGCUCGAGGCAUCGCUCCAGGAGGCACCCGAGAGUGCAGUUGUUGCCCAACGAGAUAAAACUGAAGCUGCUAGUGGUGGGCCAGUCAGGAGUGGGGAAGACAUGUGCUCUGAGAGUCUACAACGGAGAAGAAUUUGCCAGUAUGGAUUUCUGUACAAAGACUGUCCAACACAACAAUCACUCUAUUACAUUGGACAUAUGGGAUAGUGCUGGACAGGAGAAGUACAAUGCAUUGACAAAGGCAUACUUUCGUGGAGCUCAGAAUGUAGGAGAUGCAGAGAUGGUGUUGGUAGGAAACAAGACUGAUCUCCAGGACAGAAGACAGGUCAGGGACAUGGACGGCAGGAACCUGGCCCAGGAACACAAUAUUUCUUUCAUUGAAACCAGUGCUCUCAGAAAUGAAAAUAUUGAAGAGGCUUUUUCUAUGCUUGUCGGCAACAUCAUGACAAAACAGCCACAUACAAUGAGAGCAACCAGUCCCUCUAUAACACUAGAUAUAGACGAAGAUGAGGAUGAAGAAAGGGAAAAGAGAUCCUGCUGCUUAGGACGUAGACAUUAGCAUAACAUCAUGACAAAACAGGUGGUUAGAAAAGACACAAAAUGUAGUUAGCUCGUAUUAUGACAGCAUGCAAAUAAUAUCCCCCAACAACCUUGUGUGAUAUUUGGUGUUGUCACAUAUAAUAUUGUUAUUAGUAAGCGUCUGAAACUAGUACUUGCUAAGCUUUCAGUAUUUCGUAAGGGACAAGGCAUUUAGACACUAUGUUUCACUAUCUCCCAAACACAGCCACAUACAAUGAGAGCAACCAGUCCCUCUAUAACACUAGAUAUAGACGAAGAUGAGGAUGAAGAAAGGGAAAAGAGAUCCUGCUGCUUAGGACGUAGCUAGACAUAGCAUGCCAUUAUUAUCGACUCUCUUUUUAGAUCUUGUCACCCAUUGCAAUUU